CCCGCCCCCGGAGCCGCGCAGAAGAGGCGGAGGCGGAGGCGGGGGGAUUCCGGUGUGUUUUGGUGGGUGUUUGUCAUCAGCUCCUGCCCUUCUCCGGCGUGUCGCGAUCGCCUGCGCAGCCGGGGUGGCGGUGACACGGCCCCGCCCCCUGCCUCUCCGCCGCCGCCUCGUCGUUUCACCCCCCCCGUGGGGCUCUGGAAUCGGUCAUGGCUGACGACUCUCAGAGAAACUUCCGCUCGGUGUAUUAUGAAAAAGUGGGCUUCCGUGGAGUUGAAGAAAAGAAGUCGCUGGAAAUCCUGCUAAAAGAUGACCGGCUGGAUAUUGAGAAGCUUUGCACAUUUAGUCAAAGGUUUCCUCUCCCAUCCAUGUAUCGGAUACUGGUGUGGAAAGUGCUUUUAGGAAUUCUUCCUCCCCACCAUGAAUCUCAUGCUUUGGUGAUGAAGUACCGGAAGGAGCAGUACUGGGAUGUACACCAUGCUCUUCGCGUAAUUCGGUUUAUUAAUGAUUCUACCCCCCAGGUAGAUGUUUUCCUCCGCAUACAUCAACUGGAAUCAGGAAAAUUGCCUCGAAACUUGGCUUUCCCGUUGGAGCCUGAAGAUGAAGUGUUUCUUGCCAUUGCUAAAGCAAUGGAGGAAAUGGUGGAGGAUCCUAUAGAGUGCUAUUGGCUUGUGAGUUGCUUUGUGAAUCAGCUGAACAGCAAGCACAAAGAUUCAUUACUGCAACUGCCUAAAAUUCUGGAGCAGUAUUUGAGCAUUGAAGAUAACAGACUCCUGAUGCAUCUGAAAGCAUGUGCCGCAAUGAGCAAACUCCCUUACGAUCUUUGGUUUAAGAAGUGUUUUGCAGGGUGUUUACCUGAAUCCAGUUUACAGAGAGUUUGGGACAAAGUUAUUAGCGGCUCCUGCAAGAUUCUCGUGUUUGUUGCUUUGGAGAUAUUAUUAACCUUUAAAAUGAAGAUAAUAGUACUGAACACUGCAGAAAAGAUCACGCAGUUUUUGGAAAAUAUUCCUCAAGAUAACACCGACGCCAUCGUCAGCAAAGCCGUUGAUCUGUGGCGCACACACUGCGGGACUCCAGCACACUCAGUCUGAGAACUUCCUUUGCUCAUCACGGCUUAGAGGAAAAAAGACAUUUAAAAAGACAUUUUAGCACUCUUCCUCCACCCCUGUGUGAUUUGUUCUUUGUUACCUCUUCUGUGUAAAGAUUCAGGUGAAGCAGCUAAUAGCGUAGUGACCGGUAUGUCGAUAUUUUUCAAUAAAUACAGCUGGGAUGAAGAUACCGAUUGGCGGUGUGAUCCUGUCCAGAGUGUUUCUUGGCCUGCCAGCUACACUAUUCUGAUUGCACAGUGCGUUCUCUGGCUUUGGGGGAGUAAAGGUAACGCUUGAAGCAAGGUAAAUAGACUUACUUGUAAUUUCAGAAUGUUUUUGUGUGCUGGCUUAUACUUGAUAGUGUAAGGUGAAUUUACUAGUCUGUGGUGAACAAGCAUGUAACUGCUCAAUCGAUACUGUAAAUUUUCAGGUUAAUAAUGCAGAAAGAGGCAUCACAGAUGCGAGGCAGAGGACAUCAGUGACGGGGGAUGACCUGCUUUUCUGAAGUGUUAAGAUAGUAUCCUUUUACCUGUAGCCAGCUCUCUAAAGCCGUACCUCCUCCUUCAUCCUUUGUGGAAGAUGCUCUAGAAAGGUGGAUCCGUCCUAUCCCGAAAUGUGGCUUUGGACAGGUACGGAGAAAAUCGGUGGGAGAGGUGUUCAUGUAAUUCAGAAUUACAGGGUGGUAAUGAUCGAUGUCUCCGCUGAAUGCUUGACUCAAAGUUGCUGUAAUUGGAUUCUUCUUUGGUUUAGGCUUCAAAACGGAUUUAACACAGAAAUGCGAUUCGUGAUGCGAGUCAAAGUGGAGUGAUUAGAGUGAUAGAGAUUUGCUGGAGAGCUGGUCUUUUUCUUGUAAGAAGUGUAAAAUUCUAUUUCUAUGUCUUGCAUAGACCAGGGAAUUGUAUAUAAAACCGUACUGCUUGGCUGUCACUCGGCUCCAGUUAACGCUCGGUACGCCAGGUCAGGUUUACUUGCCAAAACGUUGGCUGGGGAAGCGUGGGACUCGGUUCAGGAUACACCCCAAAACCUAAGCAGAUUAUCCGCCUUGGACUCUGAGAUGCUGCUUUUAAUGACUUAGUCGUGAAAAAAAAAAACCCAAGCGCUGAUGACACUGAAGGUGUGGAACAAUCUCAAUCCUGAAAAGGAAUCAAUAACUCAUCUUCUGUGAUGAGAGAUGCUCUGAAUCGGGAUUAGAAGUGCCAGUUAGCGUCAUCGCCUCCAGACUUACCGGCUUUUCUCCAUCAGGCCCCAGAGCUGCAGAGACGAGACAGAGAUCUGCUUUCAGAGAAUCACAGAAGAGUAGAGGUUGGCAGAGAGCUCUGGAGGUCAUCUGAUCCAAACCCCUGCUCAAGCAGGAACCCUCGAGCCGGGUGCCGUGGCCUGUGGCUGUGUGGCUUUUGAACAUCUCCAAGGAUGGAGGCUUCACCACCUCUUUGGACAGCCUGUGCCACUGCUCGGUCACGCUCAGAGUGAAAAAGCGUUUCCACGUUAGCAACGGGAAGUGUACUUCAACAUCUCGAUGUACUUGGGACGGAUGUGGCUUUGCUUUAGCGUCAGCCAAACUUCGUGUGCAGCCCUUUCGGUUUCCUGCACAAAGAACGGAGCGUUUCUGUAACGGAGUGUGGGAUUUAUUGUGGGCUAUGUUGAAGGAGAGGAGCUCUCCAGAGACUGGAUAGUUGGUUUAACUCCACGUGUCCUUCAGCGGUCUGGUAAGAGACAUUUGUGUGUAUCUUCAUGGCUCCGUUUCCAGGUACUCACUGAGGACUGAGGUGGGAUACAGUUUAUGCAGGAAACUUAAGGAAUCCCCCCAAACACUGAAAGUAUAAAUGUGACUAACCCAUGGUCGGCUAAUGUGUGGUGGUGUGCUGGAGCCUCCUACCAGAACCUCUGCUGAUGUUCAAAUGUGAUGAAAAAUACAGAAAACAAUGGGCAUGGCAUAUGACACUGGAUGAUACUGGAGAAAUUAUGAGCGAUUUGACCUCUAAUAAGUGGCCUGAGAUUGCGGAAAGUAAAGGAGUGGAGUCUGGAGAAAUGAAUGCCCGAAGUGCAGUAACGCAGGUGAGAGGGUGAUAAAGGAGCUUCUGCAGGUGUGAGCUGUCACUGUUGAUGACAGCCAUCAUCUUUUGAGAACACAAUACUGGAAGAGCACAUGAUUGACAGCCACCACACUCACUCCUAUACAAAGACAAACUAUGUACAUACAUGUGGAUAUCAACUGCAAAAUGUAAGUGGGGUGGAAGCAACUGCGACACAGAGGGCGAGCUGGUCAUGUACCCGUCGCUGCCUCUUUCUGUACACAACUUCUUCCAAGCUUCAGCUCGCUGAACACCUGGGACAAAGUCCUGUGUCCCUUUUCGUUUCCUCAUUAGACUAGUCAUCUCCCAUGAUUUAUACAGAAUGAAUUGGCUUGCAGGCACCUUAGAAGCUCCGCUUCAGCUCUAAGUCCGGGUUUCCCUUCGCCUGUGGCUUGCUGAGGAUGGGUUGUCACGAGUCCUGUGUCCAGCUGCAGUGAUGACGAAGUGCUGUUACCUAGAAUUAUUAGGCUGAAAUGUAUUCAUUGAAUGGGCUCAGUACAUUGUUUCAGCUAACAUCAAUGAAUUAAAAUUCUGUUAUAUUCUUUGUC